AUCACAGACAAAUCACAUAUAGUUGGGAUGAUUACUAACGGGUUUUAUUUAGAUUUUAUCAUCCGAACCUGACGGCGUUAACUAAGGGUAACGUUAAUAGGAUGUGUUAGCUUUUAUUAGUUUUCUCAACUGUUCCAUAAGAAGAUAAUGUAGGACAGGCGCACAUACUUCUGCCCGAGCCUUUAUUAAAUACCUAAUGCUACGUAUGGUGUAUUCUUUUAAUGUUUACAUAAGAGUGUUAUUAUCUCAUAAUUUAAUUCCUGUUUAUAUGUAUGCCUUGGGAUGACAGACUAAAAUAGGACUACUACUUCACUACUACUAUUAUGUUUAACUUGGAACUAUGUCACAGUCACACUAUAGAGGCUAGACAGCUUAAAAAUGCUAUUUCAGCUUGUCUUUGAAUGUUACAUUCAUAAACUUAAUUGUACAAGACCAAAACAUUGCACAGUGGUUGAAACACUACGGGAGUAUAUCACAACACUUGUUACCACUGAAUUAAUGAUAUUAUUUACCUAUGGCUUAAAAAUAUUACAUGUUUAUAUGGAACGUUGAGUUUAAUUAUUUUAAAGGGGACAUAUUACGCAAAACUCACUUUUUCGUUGCUUUAGUAUGUAUAUUUGCAUAUCCGGAGUGCCUCCCCACCCCUUAAGAAUGAUUUUCGACCACUAAGUCAAUGUUUUGUAAACUUGCUGAGUCAGGGAAUGUGUCUCUAGAAGAGCCAUUUAGAUUUCACCCGCACUGUUACGUAACAGUCCGGGUGAAAUCUGAGUGAUAUGAAUACUCCCACCCUCACGCUGGGUAUCUCCUCCCAUAUUACGCCGGCUACCUGAACGAGGAUCCGCCAUGACAGCCUGACCGCUACCAUGUACAACCCGAAAGCCAAGCACUCCUGCUCUGUCGUCGGAUGCACGGAUACUCAUGUUUCCCUACAUCGCCUCCCUGCCAAAGAGGAUAUCAGAGCGAAGUGGCUAAAUUUUAUUUUUCAGGGAAACGUCCCAGCUUCAGUGAGCAAAAGCGUUUUUGUCUGUGCCAAUCACUUCACGCCGGACUGUUUCAGCAACGAGGGUCAGUAUAAGGCUGGACUGGCAACGAGAUUGUUCCUAAAAGAUGGAUCCAUACCCACUGUCCGUGGCGACGCCACAGAUGAAGGAACUCCAAGCACAUCUGUACAGCAGCCUGUGGUGCAUCAUGUUGCCUGCCAGACAGACCAACCAGUGACAUGCACAGUUGGCACACAGCUUUCCAUGAGAACUCUCCAGCCUCACUUCAGAAGCACAGGCACACAGAAAUCAGUGUCCUGUGCUGAUGUUGGAGUUGGCACCUCAACCAUUGCCUUCUCAACUUCUCAACCAUUCUUAUCAUCAACCCCAAUAAAGAGACCACGCAAAAGGGCUCGCUUGGAACUGGAGGAGGAGGAAGAGGAGAAUCCAUUGGAGGGCAGUUCAUCCAUGGACAUUCCCGACCCCAAGGAUUCUUCGUAUGAUCCUGAGGACUCUGUCACAGUUUUGUCUGAGUCAGCAGAUGUGACACUGGAGCCUUCCUGCCCUGUUCAUAAGACACCAGCAUAUAUUGUCUAUGAAAAGUGUCUGAUGGAGCUGUUUGAGGUGUGCCCUGUCUGUCAGCGUGUUUUAGACAUGCAGACAAGAAGGAUAGGCACGUUCCUCUCUGUAGAACAGACAUGCCCACAUUGUCAGUUCUUCAGAAAAUGGAACAGCCAGCCAAUUCUGGGAAGCACACCUGCAGGAAACCUCCAGCUUUCAGCUGCAGUAUACACCACAGUUGCAUCUUUCUUCAAACUUGAAAAGAUCUUCCGGGCAAUGCAGCUGAAGAUGUUUCAGUAUGACACUUUUCGCCGUCAUGCACGGACGUACAUAGAGCCUGCCAUCAUACACACGUGGAAGACUGUGCAGGACGCCAUGAUGGAGCAGCUUAGUCAGCAGGAGAGUGUUAUCCUAGGUGGCGACCUAAGGGCUGACUCACCAGGGCACUCUGCCAAGUUUGGCAGUUACUCAAUGAUGGACCUGAGGAGCAACACUAUUAUUGACAUACAGCUGGUUCAGAGCAACGAAGUUGGUGGAAGUUAUCACAUGGAGAAAGAAGGUCUGAAGAGGAGCCUUGCUCUCUUGGAGGCACGUGGUGUUGCAUUGGACAGCAUUGUCACAGACCGUCACCCUCAGAUCCAGAAGUUCCUGAGGGAGGCCAAAGUGACACAGUACUACGAUGUCUGGCACAUGGAAAAAGGACUGUCCAAAAAACUGGUCAAGAUAGCCCAGAACAAAGAUUGCGCGAAGCUGAAGAAGUGGCUUCGCAGCAUAAAGAACCAUGUGUACUGGACAGCAGCCUCCUCUACGUCAGGGCCAGAGAGAGUGGCUAAGUGGACCUCCAUUCUUAACCAUGUCCAAGACAUCCACACACAUCAAGAUCCUGCUUUCCCCCAGUGCUUGCAUCCGCAGCGCACCUCGAGAGACAAGAGCAAAUGGUUGACAGCAGGAACACCAGCUUUCUGUAGGCUAGAAAAGGCGUUGACUAAUAAGAGAAUUCUGAAAGAUGUGGAAAAGCUCAGCCCUCACUAUCAGACCUCAUCGUUGGAGGCAUUUCACAGCGUCAUUCUGCGGUUUGCACCCAAGAAUGUUGUCUUCCCCUACCUUGGAAUGUUAUGCAGACUCUACCUGGCUGCCCUGCAUUACAAUGAAAAUACUGGCCGACCACAGGCAACAUCUACAAGUGGAGAGCUGCUGUACAGAGUCAACUUCCCCAAAUCUAAACAUGGAGAAUGCACCGCAAAGCCUGUGAAAGCAGAGCCAACAUUCCACUACGUUGAUGCACUGUUGGACCUGAUCUUCGAGAAGGUUUUCCAGGACCCUGCCCCAUAUGUGAACGAGGUGCUGAAACUUACAAUCCCUGAAGACCUCUCUGCUCAGUAUGAAAGACCCGACAAGCUGGAUGUUAUAGCCAGUUACGUGUCAAGGUUCAACCAAGGACAGGUCUGAACCCAACAUACUGUCCUUCUGCGUCAGGGAACUCUGCACGAAUCCUUAGCACCACGCAGGCAGGCAGCACAACUCUCACUCUCCGCCCCAGAAAGCCCCAGCACCAGCUUACAAAGCUUCUGUAGGCUAGGUAUCUAUAUUGGCUGGACACAAUUCAAUAGAAAGUCAGCACUGAAUGUUCACAUCCAUGGCAACUGGCAAGUUCAACUGUUCCACUUCAGAUAUUUAUUUUGUAUGUUUACAAAUGUUUCUUGCAAUAAAACAUCUUUACUAAC